AUAUCGUGUGCAGGUGGGGUGAUUUUAAGGAACGCGUCCGUAUUUCUUAGUCAAAAACGAAACUUAAAUAGUUGAAUGAAUAUAUAGGAAGAGAGCCUGAGAGACAGAUCACUCAGAGGAGCGUCGGGGAUCGAGAGGCAAGAUGUGCGACACACCAGAGGAGAGAAUGCAGGUUUGCCUCUCCUGCGGAUGGUCCAAAGUUACCACCUACCAGGGUCUGAGGAUUCACCAGGGGAAGAAGGGAUGCACACCGAGGGGAAUGGGUAUCCCUGAGGGGGAGCAAUUCAGAUUCACAAGUUACAAUUAUACAUUUGCUAACAUUGGACCUACAAUCCAAAUCGAAGAGCCUUUGACAAAUAUCUUUGAUUAUCGAAAUCUCGGUAGUCAACUGUUUGACUUGGGAAAUGCCAUGGAAGAACGCCUUCAAAGAGACAGCAGGGUAACUCCAGCCUGGAAGGAGGUGAACUGGGGAAAUGCCCUGGAAGAAUCUGAUCAAAGGGAUGGCGGACAAAAUAACUCUGUUACUUCAGUCAGGAGAAAGAAUGUACCUGUUGCUUCAAACUUCACCACCCCAACGGCCUCUCCAGUUGCAGGAGCCACACUGAUCAACACAAAUCGAUUGUCUGUUACAGCUCAACAGAACUCUCAGCAAACAGCCACAGACUCUCACACAACUCAUCAAGGGCUCAAUUUCUCCAGUGGUGCACAGCCCAUGUCACAGAUCUGUGAUACCCCUACAAGUUCUGCAGCUGCAGGAGUGACAGUAAAGGACACAGACAAAUCAGCUGUUACAGCUCAACAGAACUCUCAGCAAACAGCCACAGACUCUCACACAACUCAUCAAGGGCUCAAUUUCUCCAGUGGUGCACAGCCCAUGUCACAGAUCUGUGAUACCCCUACAAGUUCUGCAGCUUCAGGAGUGACAGUAAAGGACACAAACAAAUCAGCUGUUACAGCUCAACAGAACUCUCAGCAAACAGCCACACACUCUAACACAACUCAUCAAGGGCUCAAUUACCCCAGUGGUGCACAGCCCUCGCUGUUCCCCAUGUCACAGAUCUUUGGUACCCCUACAAGUUCUGCAGCUUCAGGAGUGACAGUAAAGGACACAAACAAAUCAGCUGUUACAGCUCAACAGAACUCUCAGCAAACAGCCACAGACUCUCACACAACUCAUCAAGGGCUCAUUUUCUCCAGUGGUGCACAGCCCAUGUCACGGCUCUUUGGUACCCCUAAAAGUUCUGCAGCUGCAGGGGUCACAGUUGUUACAGCUCAACAGAACUCUCAGCAAACAGCCACAGACUCUCACACAACUCAUCAAGGGCUCAUUUUCUACAGUGGUGCACAGCCCAUGUCACAGAUCUGUGAUACCCCUACAAGUUCUGCAGCUUCAGGAGUGACAGUAAAGGACACAAACAAAUCAGCUGUUACAGCUCAACAGAACUCUCAGCAAACAGCCACACACUCUAACACAACUCAUCAAGGGCUCAAUUACCCCAGUGGUGCACAGCCCUCGCUGUUCCCCAUGUCACAGAUCUUUGGUACCCCUACAAGUUCUGCAGCUUCAGGAGUGACAGUAAAGGACACAAACAAAUCAGCUGUUACAGCUCAACAGAACUCUCAGCAAACAGCCACAGACUCUCACACAACUCAUCAAGGGCUCAUUUUCUCCAGUGGUGCACAGCCCAUGUCACAGAUCUUUGGUACCAAACCUAUUUCUGCAGCUGCAGGAGUCACAGCUGUUACAGCUCAACAGAACUCUCAGCAAACAGCCACACAGUCUCACACAACUCAUCAAGGGCUCAAUUACCCCAGUGGUGCACAGCCCUCGCUGUUCCCCAUGUCACAGAUCUUUGGUACCCCUACAAGUUCUGCAGCUUCAGGAGUGACAGUAAAGGACACAGACAAAUCAGUUGUUACAGGUCAACAGAACUCUCAACCAACAGCCACACACUCUCACACAACUCAUCAAGGGAGCACUUUCUCCAGUACUGCACAGCCGAUGCCACAGAUCUUUGGCACCCCACCGAUUCUUUCAGUUACUGAUGUCACAGUGAAGGACGCCAACAAAUCAAUGUUUGAAACUCCCCCCCACCACACCACAACUCAUCGAAACACCAACAGCGUUCGUAGAGCGCUCGAUUUCUCCACCGGUGCACAGCAGGUGGGGCCAUUGUUCUGGGAACUUCCAACGACCUCAGCUCAGGAAAUUGCCUUCCAAUUAAAGGAGAGAGAGAAGGAGAGAGAGAAGGAGAGGGAGAAAGAGAGGGAGGCUCAAAAACAACAAAAGCUGAGACGAAACGUGAUAAGAGCGGAUUUACAGCAGAAAAUUCAGACAAGAGAACAGAAGAUUACUGAUGUCACAUCAUCUGUAAAAGCCUGCAAGGGUGGCUUGGAUGCCGAAUGGCUGGAGAUCAACAGCGUUUUCUCAGAGGUGAUGAGAGUCGUGGAGGACUCUCGGCAGAAAGCCCUUCAACCUCUGGAGGAGAGGAGACAGAGAGUGAGUAAAGAAGGACUAGAUCUGGUCAAGAAGCUGCAGAAGGAAAUCAACAAAAUCAGGAAGACCAUCGACGAGUUGGAACAAAGUGCCGAUUUGCAGGGUAUUCCUAAACCAGGCCUGGAUGAAUGUCGAGAUUGGAGAAAUGUAACAGUCGACACUUCAUUCUCCUUUGGGUCAUUGAGAACAACAACAUCAAGCAUGGUGGAACAGAUUCACCAGAAACUGGAAAAACUGUCCACUGUCGAACUCAAGAGGAUCCCCACAUUUGCAGUGGAUGUAAAGCUGGACGCAACCACAGCACACCAGUGCCUUGUUCUGUCCCCUGAUGGAAAGAUAGUAGGAGAUGGAGAAAAUGACCAACAGGUACCUGAUGCUCCGCAGAGGUUCGACGUGUUCGGCAGCAUCAUGGGGCUCAACAGGUUGACUUCUGGGAAGUCAUACUGGGAGGUGGAGGUCACCAACAAGGCGGGGUGGGACCUGGGUGUAGCAAGACACAAUGCAAAACGCAAGGGGAAACUCUCGGUGAACUCGGAGGAGGGUUACUGGGUAGUGGUGCAUUACGAAGAUAAAAAGUACGCAGCCCUGACAGUACCACCAGUCAGCCUCUCCCUGAAGGAGAAACCUGAAAAGGUUGGAGUGUUUGUGGAUUACGAGGAAUGUUUCGUGUCCUUCUACGAUGUGUCGGCUCAAUCUCACAUCUACACGUUUACUGAGUGCAUGUUCGGCGAUGUGAUUCUUCCAUAUUUCAGUCCACAUCCUAAACAAAAUGGGAAAAACUCCCCUCCUCUGAUUAUCACUCCUGUGAGGAAGUAGUUGUAGUUGUAUGAAUUGAAUAGUUACUGGUGCACUAAGUUAUAAGGCACCACUCAGUCAAUAUGAGUUCAGGUGUACAUGGUAUUUCACGUAACUUCCAAAGGGUUUAAAUGUAGGGUUUUUGCAUCUGAGAUAUCGAUUAAUUUUAUGCAUUAAUUAGUUUGAAUUUAAACCUUUCAAAUGAUUAGACCUUUGUUAUAUUUUGUUGAGUAUCUUUAAUGAGAUAAAAAUUUGAAUCGUUUCCUAAGCCUUGAAAAGUUCACUUUGGUCACUUAAACGGGUUGUAGGCUAUUCCCCGGGCGCUGCACAAUAGCUGCCCACUGCUCCUAGUACUAGGAUGGGUUAAAUGCAGAGGACCAAUUUCACUGUGUGUGCUCUGCUGUGUGCAUGUAUGUGACAGUAAAGAGGGUUUCAUCCUCCGAUUCUAUCCAUCUUCUAUCUUCUAUCUAUCGAUGCUAUCCCCUUUUGUUAUGAAUCAGCUUUGUGGUUUUCCGCUAGAAGCUGUUAUAAAUUGACUUUCCUUCCAGUUUUCUUAUACAUUUUUGAAGUUUACACUUUGUAUAUCUUGUUUGAUUCUAACCAUGCAUUUUAACUGAAUGCAUUUGAUUUCAGUUACCAGACAUGUGGAUCUUGAGCUAACAGCAGCGCUAGCCAAGCUAACAUUAGCAGGAGCAGAAUAACAUCUGAAGAAAACACAUUUUAUUGCAAAGCUUCUUUAAUCUGUGUUUCCAUCGGUCAUUAUAACAAGGACUGUUUAUGGUGUUGACCAGUUCACUCACUAUUAAAUCCUCCUGAACAUGAUCUUAGAAUUAUAAGACAAACAGAAUAAGCUUAUGGUAGCUGGUUAGCUGGCAACCCCGCGGAUGCAUUUGUAAAGCAAAAUUCUACAAGCUGUCUACUACUUUGAGACUAAAAAGUAUACCAUUCUUUCAAUGAUCACCUAAGAACUGUGAGAAGGCGUUAUGACAACUCAUAUUUGGAAAACAUUUUGUAAAUCUCUUCGGGGUUCUUGUAAAAAAUAAAGCAAUAAAACAUGA